AUGGUCAUUGUGGAUGCAAAGGGUACUGACGUUCAAGUCGUCAUCCCAACGGCAUACAAGGCUGAAACCGACAAAAUGAUUGAAGAAAAUACAACUUAUACACUGAGCAACUUUCUGGUAUUGACCAAUGAUUUGUUCUUCAAAGCAUCAGAUAACAAGUACAAGUUGAUUUGGACUGGUAGAACAACUGUUGUAGACCCUAAUGUUCAUGAUAUCCCUGAUAAUGACUUGAAGUUCAAACCAUUUGUUGAAAUUGUUGCUGAGAAAUGGCGUUCUGAUCUAUUAUACCAUUAUGACAUCUCUUUAAACUGCACUCUUUGGGAGGACUAUGCUGCAAAAUUCAUCAAAUUUAACAAUGAUAACAAGGAAAGUGGCCCAGUUAUAUUGAUGUUGAAGUAUGGGAAGAUUAAGGAAGAAGGUAAAUACCCUCUCAGUAUUACUAACACGUAUGGUGCUACGAAAAUGCUAUUCAAUGCUGAUAUAUCCCAUAUCAAAACGUUCAGGGAAAGUUUGCCCAAGAAUGAUCAGAUGAUGACCCAAAGCCAAGUUAUGUGUACACAAUCAUCAGCUGGGUCGCAAUUUAGUACGGAUGAUGACUUGCUAUCUAAUCCGUUAAUCAUGCCACUAUCUGAUAUUCUGCAACUUGAACAAAUUUCUUAUGUUGUAACUGUUGCAAAAAUAGAGAAGGUGAAUUCAACUAAAUUUGGUUGGUACUACUUGGCUUGCUACAAGUGUGGUAAGAUUGCUAAGGGUGACAACCCUCCAUACACUUUUGAGAAAGGCCACAAUACUGAGACAGAAAUUGUUAGGUACAAACUUGAGCUGGAUGUUUAG